UGCACAAGUAGAGAUGCCUGUGUGCAGCAGAGACACGGAGAGGCACACGGGGUGCUCCUGCUCCCACUGAUUAGAACUUAAAACUGACCCAUCACAGAGGAACCUUUUCCAGAGGCAGAAGCUACAUCUGUGUGUUUGUGUAAAAAAACCACCAUGUCAUCUGUGCAGCAUUUGCCAUAAAGUGCCCCCCCCCCCCCAAGGAACUGUCUGUUGGGACUACAGACUUCUGACUUGGAAGGUUGGAAUGUUUCAGAUGUGAAGACCUGAUGCUUCAGGAGCCCUGCUGAACUCAACUGCCAUCUUUGCACUCUGCUGCCCAGGCUUUGGAAGUUCAUUCUACUCUUGGACCUGCGGCUGAUCCAUACUGAGGAGCACAACGGGAAAGGUAAAACACAGCAAGGGGAUCCUUGUAGUGGAUGAAUCCCUAUAACAGGCUUGUCUGUGCCAGGCAUACAAAGCUGCGUGUGUAGUUGGCACUCCCAAACUAUGACUAAAUGACAUUUUUACUUCCCCUUUCCAGAUUGGACAACUGAAAUGGAAUGUAAAUCAGAUAAAGGAUCUUGUGAUGUGAAGAGCAUUGUUGUGUUACCAUGGGAAGAUGCCUCCACAGGGUCUCUAAUAUGCCAUUAAACCUUCAAAAGAAAAACAGAGAAGCAGCUCCAGCUCAUCAGAUAUCUUCCAAUCCCUUAAUCGUCUUCAUGUUCUUCAUAACGCCUAAUGAAAUGCCUGCAUAGAGGAUCAAGAAAGGCAACUGCAGCACGGGACGGUGGCACGCAGAGACGGCCAGAGCCAGAGUUAUCGACAGAAGGAUUUAUUCUUGUUCCAAGCCGUGAGCAGUUGGCAGGGAAUGAAAGGGGACAUUUGUCUGCACAGCUGACGAGCACCUUCACUUGUUCCCCAGUUCCUUCCACGGCACUGUUGCUUUAUGGAGAAGGAGAUCUGGGUUCCUUGAGCUGAAGAGUGUGGGAGAUGAGUUGCUUAUGCCUUGUAAUUAUGCAGGGGUAUUAAAAAUCUAAAGAGCGAUCGUUUAUAAAAAAGAUUAUCAGGAGGUAUCUCCGACACCAUGCCUGGGGGAAGAUGGACCUCAGCUUUGAAUCUUGAUAAUAUGAGCAAGUCAAGCAAGUGGGGUGAUCCUUAAUGCACGGUUCAAUGAGAACAUUCAUUUUGCAAGGGUGACUAAUUUGUCAUGUGGCAUUUGUGCCUGUUGUAGCAGCCUAUCUUUUUAUUUUUGUGUUUCAUGCUGUUUCAACCUGCAUUCUGGGCACUGUACCGACUGAAUGAAUGAGGGGGUGGUGGUGCCAAGCUGUGCUGCUGAUGCCCACAGCGAGAUGCCCCCCUGUUGGUGAGUGUCUGGGGGAGUGUCAUGACUCGGGAAGAAAGGAUCCGGGCUCCAGCUGGCAGCUGCCCCUCAAGAGUGACCAGAACGGAUGCCCAAGUUGUGCCACAAAAAUGCCACACCAGGACACAGCAUCGCCAUGCCUUAUCUCUGCUCUCCCUGCAACACAUAAAGUUGCAUGGCCUAAAAUAUAUCUGCUCGCCCAAACUGGCAUUGCGGCAUCGUACUUUUUGGUUUUUGGCCUUUUUUACUUCUUUGGGCUUCUUUCUGUCUUGGUCAUCCAACAGACUCUUGUAUUGGCUGUCCUUCCCCUCACACACCAGGGUCCAGUUGGAGUGGAGCAAAGAGCUGGCUUUCCCGGCAGUGACAUUUUGCAACAACAACCCUGUUCGGUUUCACCGGCUCGGCAAAAGCGACCUUUAUUUUGCAGGCUACUGGCUGGGCUUGCUGUUUGCCAACCGCACAGCACGGCCCAUGUUGGCAGAGCUACUGCCAGAGGACAGGCGGAAGUGGUUUCAAAAACUGGCAGACUUUCGACUUUUUCUGCCCCCUCGAAACUUUGACGGGAUCAGUGUAGGAUUCAUGGACAGGUUGGGCCACCAGCUGGAAGACAUGUUGCUUUCCUGCAAAUAUCGCGGUGAGGCCUGUGGACCACACAACUUCUCCACUGUGUUCACAAGAUACGGAAAAUGUUACACUUUCAAUUCUGGGCAAGAUGGCCGACCUGUGCUCACCACUGUGAAGGGAGGGGCUGGUAAUGGGCUGGAAAUGAUGUUGGACAUCCAGCAGGAUGAAUACCUUCCCAUCUGGGGGGACACAGAGGAAACCACAUUUGAAGCAGGAGUCAAAGUGCAAAUUCACAGCCAGUCGGAACCACCUUUCAUUCAGGAGUUGGGGUUUGGAGUGGCCCCCGGGUUCCAGACCUUCGUGGCAACUCAGGAGCAGAGAAUCACUUAUCUCCCGUCUCCAUGGGGCGCCUGCCGAUUUUCUGAGCUGGGCUCUGACUUUUUCCCAGUCUACAGUAUUUCGGCCUGUCGGAUCGACUGUGAGACCAGAUACAUUGUGGAAAACUGUGGCUGCAAGAUGGUGCAUAUGCCAGGUGAUGCUCCAUUCUGCACCCCGGAGCAGUACAAGGAGUGCGCUGAACCUGCUCUGGAUCUCCUGGCUGAGAGGGAUGGAGGAACCUGCGUCUGUACAAUGCCCUGCAAUGUCACCAGAUACAACAAAGAGCUUUCCAUGGUGAAAAUCCCCAGCAAGACCUCGGCUAAGUACCUGGAAAAAAAAUUCAACAAGUCGGAGAAAUAUAUUCUGGAGAAUAUUCUCGUGCUGGACGUGUUUUUUGAAGCUUUGAACUAUGAAACGAUAGAGCAGAGGAAAGCCUACGAGGUGGCCGGAUUACUAGGUGACAUUGGGGGUCAGAUGGGACUUUUCAUAGGAGCCAGUAUCUUGACUAUCCUGGAGCUCUUUGAUUAUAUAUAUGAGCUGAUUAAAGAGAAGCUGUUGGAUCUCCUGGGCAGGGAGAACGAGGAAGGAGGACACAACGAGGACCUGAGCACCUGUGAGCCCAUGGCCAACCAUUCAGAAACCAUUAGCCACACUGUGAGCGUGCCGCUGCAGGCCACCCUGGGGACGUUAGAGGAGAUCGCCUGCUGAUGCACCAAGGACACUGCCUUUUUAUUGUGUGCCAAAAAAACAAACAUGGCGGUCAGAGUGGGACUUUCCCCCCACGUACCCGGCCCGAGAGAGACCAUUGUGGAGACCACGAAGGAGAAGGACCUUUAUACUGCCAACUGUACACAGCUCUGCAUGCCCGCAGUAUAUAUGGCACGAAACGUGUGAGGAUACCCCUGGGCGCAGCAUCAUCCUAAUCCAUCCAGCUCUGUGUGUGUUUGGCGGGUUCAAUGAAGUGUUUUGUUUUUUUUUUUAAUGAAAAAAAAUGAAUAAAAAUGCGGACAAGUACAAAAAAAAAAAAAA